GUUCGCUAGACACGACCUACAAGUUGUGGAGCUACUUCUUGGUGAGCAACUUAUUGACUUGGAUUAUACCAACGAUUUUGUCCAACUCUGUCUCUGGGAAAGUAAAAUCUUCCGGGAGAAUUCAUAAUUUCAAUGGGAAAACGAUUUGAGCCAAUGGGUUACAACCGAAACAUAAAGUCGUUUCAGGAACGUUCGCUUCAUGAUCGUUCGCAUCCACAUGAUAUGCACAUCUACCUUCCCAUUGGUUAGCGAAACUGAUCUACGCUCUUGGGUUUAAUUAUAAAUGUCCGUUGAUUCCACAAUAUUUGUAUCCGUUUCGGUAGCUGCUUCUAAAACACGCUUUUCCCUCUAGGCGUUGACUUUUGACUUCAACUUGAAUUUGGAGGUAUCAGAGGACGAAAUCAGUCCAACCGGAAUCGCGUUAAAAGUGGCAGAUCUAACACUGUGACAGCUUUCAUACGCGCCAAGUAGCAUUGGCUAAAUUAGCUCUGGCUGUAGGUCGUUUCGGACUAUGCUUUGCACCCUUGAAAUGCAACGUCCUCCAAGUUUAAGAGCGACCCAUCUCUGCGCGGACCUUUGAUGGGGAUCAGCUAGAAGUCAUCGAGAAAUUCAAGUAUCUUGGCAGUUAUAUUAGCGCCUGUGGGAUCGAAGAUGUGAUCAUGAACCGUCUAACAAACACUCGCAGCGCUUUUGCCAAUCUCCGUCACCUGUGGCGCCGGCGCGACAUCACUCGCCUUGAAGAGCGGAGUUUACAGUGCAGCCGUUUGUUCAGCCCUUCGGUACAGUUGCGAAACCCAGCCCGUCCGAUUGACAAACUUAGAGACUAGUUACGUUCUAUCAUCGCUGUCUUCGUAGCUUAGCUCGUCUGGUGGGAGCACCGCGUGAGGAAUGAGCGUGUCUGGAGACAUAUAUUUGACGCAUGAAGAAUGAGUGAACUGCUCAGCUUCGUUAUAUCACGCGCCAGGCUCCGACGGCUGGGUCACGUGUUUCGCAUACCAACACCCCGACUCCCGCGACCUGUUGUUUGUGCUCUGGGGAUGUGGCUGGAAGAUGAGUAGAAGAGCCCGCUCAAUCACUUGGUUAAGAGGAAUGACAGCCCUCACUUUGAAGUUGGUGUUGUUCAGUGUCUCCCGACUGCUGGGCAGGAGUCUGAAGGACGAUGAACACGUUUGAUUGAAUAUACUUGUUGACAUGGCUAGGAGUCGACCUCAUUGGUGUUUGUGUUGUGAGUCUCUUUUUGUCCCUCGCUAUCUUGCUUGCCUUCUCCAAUGACGAUCUCCCACCUGAUGCAUACUAUGCUAUUUGGCAUACCUUGUUUGUUAGUUUUUAUGAUCUGUAAUGUUUGAUUUCCUUUAUUUUUUCAUUGCGGCACAUUAGCUGUUUCUCAUUCUCAGCUAACGUGUAUUGAUACUGUUGAUGUUGGGACCGGUGAACUCCCAGUUUAUUACAAAUGGAUUGACUGCCAAACUCUUUAUAAUGCUAGAAUAUACUUGUCGCAAACGAUGCACUCCUUCGUUCGCAACAAAGUACAAGCACGAGAAAGCGCACGAAGAUGGCGUCUGGUGUUGCGCCUGGGGUCGCAACGGUGUUACUGGAGUCGACUAUAUCAUGACAGGUUCCCUGGACAACAGUCUGAAAGUUUGGAAGUGGACUGGUAAUCACUUGGAACACCUGCACUCCUGCGACGGUCACCGUUUAGGUGUGAUCUCGGUGGAUAUCAAUUCCUCCUGCACGUUAGCUGUGUCUAGUAGCCUCGACAGUCAGAUUAUGUUUUGGGAUCUAGAGUCCGGUCGCCUCCUUAAAACUUACGAAGGUGAUCCUGCUGACACUUGGACCGUAUCUAUCUCCCCAGACUCUCGCUUUGUUGCUACUGGGAGCCAUGCUGGCUGCGUGAAUAUGAUUGGUGUUGAGUCGGGUACCAAAGAAAACGUUAUUCAGCUGGACGAGAAAUUUGUGUACAGUUUGGCAUACAGUCCGGAUGGAACAAAGUUGGCCACUGGCGCUAUAAACGGAAUUGUGAGCGUAUGCGAUUUACAAACCGGUGCCGUCCGACCUCUCGAUGGGCAUGCCAUGCCCGUACGAUCCUUAGCCUUUUCACCCGAUGGUCGGUUACUGGCUUCAACUUCUGAUGACAAGCAGAUUAAAGUCUUUGACGCCCGUGAUGGUCGGGCAAUCAUUUCCAGUCUCACUGGCCAUAAGGGCUGGGUUGUAUCCGUCCACUUUUCACCCGACAACCGGCAUUUAGCCACAGCUUCGACUGAUCGCUCUGUCCGCGUUUGGGAUCUGAAUGCCAGAGAGCAGCAACACGUCUUCAACGAGCACGAAGAUCAGGUCUGGUGCACUCGCUACAGUCCCUGUGGCUCGCAGUUGAUGUCAGUGGGCGACGAUCGAUCAAUCUUAAUUUACACAUGUGCAUAA